UAUCUAUCGAUAUCGAUAAUAUAAUAAUUACAAAACACAUAAAAGAAAGCGCCGUCGUACGUGUGAAGAGACAAAAGCUUUACUUACACACUGAACAACCGUCACUCCACCCCUCCAUUACAUUACACUUUAAUCCUUUAUAUAUAUACAUACAAAUAUACACUGCUUUCUUCAUAAUUACUCCUCAUUCCCAUUAUUCAAAUAAAAAAAAUAUGGACACAACAGUAAGCCAUAAUAAUCAUGACGAUGACGUCAUAUUCCGGCCAUCAGAAACACCACUAAAUGACCCCAUGGAAUUCCUUUCUCGUUCUUGGAGCAUUUCUGCUCUACAAGUUUCUAAAGCUUUAGCUCCACCCCCAUUACAACACAAUACUACUAGCCAAGAUCAUUUUCAAAAUCUUGACCAUUUUCAAGAUAUUAUUGGUUCUGCCACUACUACUAUUACUCCUUUUGCUUUUUCUUCUUCUGAAACUUCACAACUUAUUAUGGAACGCAUUUUAGCUCAUUCUCAAGAGGUAUCUCCAAGGACAUCCGGGAGAUUGUCACAUAGCAGUGGACCUUUAAAUGGUUCACUUACUGAUAGUCCACCUGUUUCUCCAUCCGAACUCGACGAUAUCAAGUAUUGUCGUACAAAAAAUCCGGUGAACAACCAGUAUCGAGGUGGAGCCAGCAGUGCCGCAGCACCUACUGGUGGUGGAGGUAAAACAGUGGGAAGGUGGUUGAAGGACAGAAAAGAGAAAAAGAAAGAGGAGACGAGAGUUCAUAAUGCACAAUUACAUGCAACUGUAUCGGUCGCAGGUGUUGCUGCUGUAGUUGCUGCAAUUGCAGCUGCCACUGCUGCCUCAGCAGGAAAUAGAAAGGAUGAGGAGAUGAUGAAAACCGACUUGGCAGUAGCAUCUGCCGCUACUCUAGUUGCAGCACAGUGUGUGGAAGCUGCAGAGGCAAUGGGUGCGGAGCGUGACCAUCUGGCAUCGGUUGUUAGCUCCGCGGUUAAUGUCAAGUCACCGGGAGAUAUCAUGACUUUAACGGCUGCUGCUGCCACUGCUCUCCGUGGUGCGGCAACACUAAAAGCAAGGACUGUAAAAGAAACGCGUCAUAUCCCCUCUGUACCCCGAGCAGAAAAAGGAAGUUCGCAUAGCAAUGGCACUGGCAGCAGCUCAAAUGGGAGUUUCAGUGAUGAGUUUUUACCAGAAGAAAAUUUUCUUGGUAUAUGUAGCCGAGAAUUACUUGCAAGAGGUUGUGUACUUCUCAAACGCACACGUAAAGGUGAUCUUCACUGGAAAAUAGUUUCUGUUUAUAUCAACAAAAUGGAUCAGGUCAUCCUGAAGAUGAAGAGCAGACAUGUUGCUGGGACCAUUACAAAAAAGAAGAAGAAUAUUGUGUUGGAAGUUUUAAAAGAUAUGUCUCCAUGGCCGGGACGUCACUUGGUGGAAAACGGUCAUGACCGAUGUUACUUUGGCCUGAAAACGGUGACCCGUGGGGUCGUUGAAUUCGAAUGCAAGAAUCAAAGGGAGUAUGAUAUAUGGACUCAAGGUGUAUGUAGGUUGCUCACACUUGCUGCAGAAAGAAGCAAUGGGAGUUGAAAUUAGCUAAAUCAUACCAAUUAGAUUUUGUGUUGGUGGAGAUUGGAAUAACUUCUAUUAAUUUCUGUAUCUUAUGUAAAUCUUUUGCUAUGUUAGUACAAUCUGGUCGUUGUGGGUUACUUACAAAUGGUUUAGUGAGUAUGGUUUAGCUAUCAAAAUAUGUAAAUUAAUCAUUUGAUAUAACUACUAAUUUUGGGUGGACAA